UUGAGAGGGAAAAAGGGGGCAGUUUUAGUUAUUCGAUUGUGAUCGAGCUCUUUGUUUCGCUUCGAUUCCCCCCCCCCCCUCUCGUCUUUUCUCUUCUUUUUAUUCUUCUUGUGUCUACUGGUGUUCAUCAUCUUCCAAGAAAAUCGAGGAUGGAGUGAGAUAGAGGGGGAAGAAUCCAAAGAAAAGAAAGAAAUCGAGAAGAACGAGUCAACGACUCGUCAUUGUUUUAUAGAUUUUUUUUCUCUUCCGGCAUUAUCCCUUUGUAUGAAUGGAAUUGGAUAGCAUUGAAUGUAUCUCGUCCUCGGACGGGAUCGACGAGGAAGAGAUCCAUCAUCACCAGUUCUCGACCAAGCCCCACAACAACAUAGUCUCCCCAGCGAUUUCUCCGGCCACCAGCGUCCAUGAGUUGCUCGAGUGCCCCGUCUGCACCAAUUCCAUGUACCCACCCAUCCAUCAGUGCCACAAUGGCCACACACUGUGUUCCACCUGUAAAACAAGGGUGCACAAUCGAUGCCCCACUUGUAGACAGGAACUUGGAGACAUCAGGUGUCUAGCUUUAGAAAAGGUGGCUGAGUCGCUUGAACUACCCUGCAAAUACUGCUCCCUGGGCUGCCCAGAGAUCUUCCCUUACUACAGCAAGCUCAAGCAUGAAGCACAGUGUAACUUUAGACCAUACAACUGCCCAUAUGCUGGAUCAGAGUGCUCCGUUAUGGGGGAUAUCCCCUUUCUUGUUGCCCAUCUGAGGGAUGAUCACAAGGUUGACAUGCACAGUGGAUGCACAUUCAACCAUCGUUACGUCAAGUCUAAUCCCCGUGAAGUUGAAAAUGCCACCUGGAUGCUUACUGUCUUCAAUUGUUUCGGUCAGUACUUCUGUCUGCACUUUGAAGCCUUCCAGCUCGGCAUGGCUCCUGUGUACAUGGCAUUCCUCCGUUUUAUGGGAGAUGAGACUGAGGCUCGGAACUAUAGCUACAGCUUAGAGGUAGGGGCAAAUGGCCGUAAACUCAUAUGGGAGGGCACCCCAAGGAGCAUCCGUGAUAGCCACCGGAAGGUCAGGGACAGUCAUGACGGCCUCAUUAUCCAGCGAAACAUGGCACUUUUCUUCUCUGGUGGGGACAGGAAGGAAUUGAAGCUACGGGUUACAGGGCGCAUCUGGAAGGAACAACAAAACCCAGAUGCUGGGGUGUGCAUUCCUAAUCUUUGUAGCUGAAACUCACGUGAUUCUCAUUGUAUUAUGCUGGGGUGUGCAAACCCAUUUCAUUGUAGUUUUACUCAUGGGACUACAGUUUUACUGGUUCUUGGUCAACACAACUGUGUCAAGUUCCAAAGUUCUCUCUUCUUUCUCUCUCUCUCUCUCUCUCUCUGCGUGUUUGUAUGUGUGCCAACUUUUCUGGUAACUUAAUUAUGUACGAGAUGCUGGGGAAUGUGAAAGAUAUAUGGAUGUUGGAGGUUUGUUCUGU